AUGUCACGCUGGCGAUCCUUCGCAUCACAUCCCAAAGUCUUCCAAAGACCUUUAGCAAGCCCGACCACGACCUCUUUAAGACUAUCUGAAGUUCCGGCUGCAAGUGGGAGUAUUACCGUAGCGAGCGCGCUCUGGAGUAUCAUGGAGGAACGUUUUCUGAGGGCCGUCACCCUCAUUUCUGCCGCCCCGAAAGAACAGCUCCCACAUGUCGCUCCAAUUAGCAAUGCCAAGAAGCUGGAGCUCUAUGCCUUCUAUAAACAGGCGACGUUAGGAAAAUGCAAUAUCCCCACAAGACCCGGGUGGUUCGAUAUUGCUGGGAGAUACAAAUGGGAUGCGUGGAAUCGUUUAGGGGACAUGCCCAAGGAAGAGGCUAUGCAACAUUAUCUUGAAGAAGCUCUUCCCAUCUUGCAGCAAUUUGCCGAUUUACCCGAAGCUCAAGUUGAUGCAUAUAUCAAGCGUCACGUUCAACCCGGAGACAGGCAGGAAGUGGAAACAUUGUUUCAGGAAACUAGAAGAUUUGUCCAGGAAAUGAGUUACAGCGACGAGGAGGACCGAUUCUCCUUCGAAGAUGUGCAAGGGCACUCACAUCGCUCGAAGAGAGCGACCCCAAAAGAUUCACCAUCUUCUCCAACCCUCAUUCCACGCGAUGUCCCUUCAAUUCCAGAGCCUGAUACACCUCCACUGCUGGCGGAAGUCUUGCCAUCACCAUCGACACCACCAAUACCUCCACCACCGGAUAUUGCCGUCGCUCUAGCUGAGGAAGUGUUAACGAACGCAGGCGAGCUACGAGACCAUUUUGCCCUCCAGCAGCAACGCAUGUCACCGGAAGCAACCCAGCGUCUUAACGAGGAUGUCGUUGCGCUAUUAGAUGCUGUGAUGCAAAGGCUGGAUAGGGUGGAGCGAAGGUUGAUGGUGCUAGAGCAACAGGACGGGAAAGGAGAUACAAAGAGUAAGCGAUCUAAUAACGGGCGGGGCACAUCAACCCUCGUCAUGUACACCUUGGUAGCGGCACCUAUUUUUGCUUUCGGAAUCUGGCAUGGCGUGAAAACCCGGCGAAAGUAGAAAAAAUCUGUAUAUUCUAUAAACAUGUUUUUCCCGUCAUGAACGAGCUGUAUCCCAGGACGUAAGACGCGAUCAACCCAUUUGAACCAUAAAAUUCCAUGCAACCGCACAA